AAAUCGGGGGAGCUGGUUGCUGUGAAGGUCUUUAAUAACGCCAGCUACCUCCGGCCCCAGGAGGUGCAGAUGAGGGAGUUUGAGAUGCUGAGGAAGCUGAACCAUAAGAACAUCGUCAAAUUAUUUGCCGUGGAGGAGACGGUAAGCGGGACCUCGGCUGGGAAAGCUGGGGGGCUGAAGGACCAGCUGGUGCCCAUUUUGGCCAACAUCCUGGAGGCGGAUCAGGAGAAAUGCUGGGGGUUCGACCAGUUUUUUGCAGAAACCAAUGACAUUUUGCACAGGAUCGUGGUCGACAUCUUCUCCCUGCAGCAGGCUUCCUCGCAUCGCAUCUACAUCCACUCCUACAACACUACCACCAAGUUUUUAGAUGCUGUCUUCAAACAAACAAACAUAGUCCCUCACCAUCAAGAAUAUUUUUUUGAAGGUCAUCUAUACGAGUUAGAUCCUAAUCUACAAGCUCAUAAUUUCUGCAAAACCACAGAGCACAACCCCCUGACCUUGCUGAGCAUGGCUGAGCAGCCAGAAGACGUGGUAGGAGUCCGAUACAGAGACCCGGCACUGGAGUUCCCAAAGUUUGUCCCCAAGGUGGACGUGUUUAUAUUCCGCUUAAGGAAUAUUCAUUCUCUGCCUCUCUUCAGGUACGAGGCUGUUCCCGGAGGCAGCGGGGUGCCAGCUCUGAAGGACGUGGCCGUGGUGAAGACCAGGCUGCAGAGGGUUGCUGAGGAGCUCGCUCAGUGCUCCCACAACAUCUUUGACUUUCAAGGGGCCCUGGACGGCAUUUUGUCCGAACUGGUGAAGCACAGGCAGCAAGUGCACGAGGACAAAAGCAUCCGGCAGAUCGAGUGCUGCCUGGAGAAGAUGCAGCUGAUCUACAAGCAGUUCAAGAAGGCCAGGACGUCGCUGCGGCUGGGCUACAACGAGGAGCAAAUUCACAAGCUGGAUAAGGUGAAUUUAGGGCAUCUGGCCAGGAAGGUGCUGUUGAUUUUCCAGGAUGACUGUGUGCAGCGGUACCAGGAGGCCCUGGCCCUCCACGGCAGCAGGAUGAGGUACCAGCCCCUGCCCAGCUCUCCCCCCGGUUUCGGGGCUCUGGCUUUCGGCCCCGGCGGGGUUGGGAGAGGGAACUUUCCGGCUCUGGACAGGUUUCUCCAGAUGGAGAAACAGAGUUUGGCCCCGGUUCCUCCUGCGCCUUCACCCCUCCAUCUGAGCCAGGCGCGCCAGGAGAUGGCUUUUCGGAUGCAGGAGCUCCUGGAGCAGAUGAGGUCGGUGUCUUGUGAUCUCCAGCUCAACAACAGCAUCAUCGAGCGGUUAAGUGGGGCUGCCCCCACGCCCGGUGUCUGA